AUGCACAGGUAUCUUCAAGGACUUAAACCGGAUGUUGGUGAGCAUAGUUUCUUCUCAGAAGCUUCAGGAAGCAACCGUGGUCUUCAGAUGGACUCUCCACUGGAUAACUCGUGGCCACUGAUGCAAUCCAGAGUUUCCUCAUUCCCUACCUCUAAAUCGGGUGAUACCACCAUUUUGCAGAAUGAUUAUCCUCAGCAUUCAUUUUUCAACAGUGAAUUUGCCUCAGGAGAGCCUGUGAAACAGGAAGGUCAGUCUCUUAGACCUUUCUUUGAUGAGUGGCCUAAAACCCGGGAUUCUUGGUCUGGUCUUGAAGAUGAAAGAUCCAAUCAGACUUCCUUUUCCACAACCCAGCUUUCAAUAUCUAUUCCAAUGGCUUCAUCUGAUUUCUCUGCUACAAGUUCUCAAUCUCCACAUGAUAAUUGA